AUGCAGUGGCACGGUCGGAGAGUAACGGUGAUGGGGCUCGGCCGUCAUGGCGGUGCGAUCGGCGCUGUGCGGUUUCUGGCUGAGCGUGGCGCCCUCGUCACGGUGACCGAUACGGUGGAUGAAGCCUCCCUCCACGAUUCGCUAACCCAGCUUAAAGACUUACCGCAGGUUCGCUACGAACUUGGCGGUCACGAUGAAUCCACGUUUUGUUCCACCGAGAUUCUUGUGGUGAAUCCGGCGGUUCGCCCCAACAAUCGGUGGCUUCAACUGGCCAUUGAACACGGCGCCAAAGUCACAAGCGAAAUCGAGAUCCUCUUGGGCGAAGUCGAUGCCCACGUGGUGGCGGUUACCGGAUCGAACGGUAAGUCGACCACGGCGGCAAUGCUAGAGGCGAUUCUCCGUGUGGGAGGUGAUCGCACCUGGUUGGGGGGGAAUCUUGGCGGCAGUUUAUUACCGCAGCUUGAGUGCAUCGGACCUGAGGAUUGGCUGGUGCUCGAGUUGAGCAGCUUCCAGUUACAUCGACUCAGCAGUGAAAUCCGUCCGUUCGAUGUAUCGGUCGUCACUUCGUAUUCGCCAAACCAUCUCGAUUGGCAUCCCGAUGUGGAGCACUACAUCCAAGCCAAACAGCGGAUCAUUGAACUCACCGCCCCCAAUGGUGCAGUGGUGUUGAAUCACGAAGACUACGAGGUGCGAACUUGGAAUAACUUACUUCAAGCAAGACGGUUGAUCAGUCCGGCGACCGAUAGCGAGAUCCCAGAGUUACCGCUUCCUGGCACUCACAACCGCAGGAACGCACAUCUUGCGGCGGCGGCUGCCAGAGCGAUUGGAGUUGAUGAAAAGUGCGUGAAUCAGGGGUUAUCCGCGUUUCGAGGGCUGCCUCACCGGUUGGAACGCGUUGCCGAGAUCGACGGGCGAGUAUUCAUCAACGAUUCGGCAUCGACCACGCCUGAGUCGACAGUCGCCGCCAUCGAAGCGUGCGAUGCACCGGUGUGGCUGAUGGCUGGAGGAAGCGAUAAAGGUUCCGACUUUCACGCGUUGGCCAAUAUGAUUUCCACUGGGGUAAAAGGCGUCGCAUUUUAUGGUCAAGUUGGACCAACGUUGCUUCGUCUUUGCGAGGCCCUUCAACCAUCGUGUCUGCGAACCAACGUUGCGAUGUUGCAAGAAGCCCUUGCGUGGUGUUGGCAACAAUCGCAGCGCGGAGACAUGAUCGUUCUCUCACCCGGUUGCGCGAGCGGCGACCAGUUCAAUCACUACAUUCAUCGUGGUGAAACAUUUCGCGUUCGAUCGCCUGUCGCCUUGCCGUUUCAAGAACGAAAGACCUUGAAGUCUGGCGUGGUUCCCAAUUCCAUUGGGGAGACAGUCGUGAAAGUCAAAGCAUACGAACAAGUCGAGUCGGCACCGGUGGAGAUGGAAGGGGCUGUCGAUUGCACCGUGCGAUGGUUGGUGGGCGAGCCGGAUGGGGCUCCGAAUUUCGCCAUGCGACAGUUUGAAGUCGCACCCGGCGGGCAUACGCCCAAGCACAAUCACCCCUACGAACACGAGGUUUUCGUCCUCGAAGGCGACGGCGUUGUGCUCGAAGGCGAUACCGAGCACCCUCUCACCGCGGGCGACGUGGUUUAUGUCGCGCCCGACGAAGUGCACCAGUUUCGUAAUACAGGUUUACACCACAGCUUCCUCCGAGCACCCCAUUGCGAUCGGUCGACGAUGAGCCGAAAGAAAAGCCCGGCCGACGAGAUUCGGCAACUGUCCGACGAGAUACGUCGGCACGACCGCAAGUAUUACGUCGAUGCCGCACCGGAGAUUACCGAUCUUCAGUACGACAAGCUCAUCGAGCGGCUCAAACAACUCGAGGCCGAACACCCCGAGUUGGUUACCCCCGAUAGCCCCACUCAACGAAUCGGAGAUCAACCGGUUUCCGAACUGCAGCAGGUCGAGCAUCGCGUAUCGAUGCUGUCGAUCGACAACACCUACAGUCUCGAAGAGCUGCGCAAGUACGGCGAUCGGGUGAAGAAGCUGCUCAAAGACGAGCAAGUCGAAUGGGUUGUGGAACUGAAGAUCGACGGGGUGGCCGUCUCUCUUCUAUACGAAGACGGGUUGCUGGUGCGUGGGGCCACGCGAGGGAAUGGACGCGUGGGAGACGACAUUACCCACAAUGUGCGCACCUUGCUCGAUGUGCCUCUACGGUUGGUCGGGGAUGAUAUUCCACCCGUGCUGGAAGUGCGGGGCGAAAUCUACAUGACCAACGCCGACUUGGUGUCGCUCAACGAGCGGCGCAAGGAACAAGGCGAAGAACCUUACGCCAAUACUCGUAACGUGACCGCUGGAAGCAUCCGCUUGCUCGAUUCGCGGAUCUGCGCCGAGCGGCGGCUGCGGUUAUUCUGUCACGGAAUCGGGUAUGUCGAGGGCAUCAAGUCUGAGACGCACAUGGAUUUUCUCAAGGAGCUUCGCUCUUACGGAUUACCGGCCACACCCUUCGUCGAGUGCUUCAAAGACUUCGACGCGGCCGUGAAUCAUUGCGAAGCCCUGGUCGAGCGAUUGCACGACCUGGAUUUCGAAGUCGAUGGAUUGGUGCUCAAGGUCAAUCGCUUCGAACAGCGCGAGCGGUUGGGCUCUACUUCGAAGAGCCCCCGUUGGCUGGUCGCUUAUAAGUUCGAAAAGUAUGAAGCCACCACCCGACUGAAUGAUAUUCAGGUGCAAGUCGGCAAAACCGGGGCCAUCACCCCGGUGGCGAUGCUCGAACCGGUUGAACUGGCCGGCACCAUCGUAAGUCGGGCAAGCUUGCACAACGCCGACGAACUGGAUCGGAAAGAUGUUCGUGUGGGUGAUGUGGUCGUGGUGGAAAAGGCCGGCAAGAUCAUUCCCCACAUCGUUCGCGUUGAAAAGCAUCUCCGUGAAGGAGAAUUGAAGCCGUUUCCGUUUCCGACGAAAUGCCCCAUCUGCGACACGAAACUGGUUCGCGACGAAGGUGGGGUUUAUAUCCGCUGCCCCAACUUUGCCUGCCCGGCCCAGGUGAAGGAGCGAAUCCGGUACUUCGCAUCGCGGAAUGCCAUGGAUAUCGAAGGGCUCGGUGACAAGUUGGUCGAUCAACUAGUUACGGCUGACUUGGUGCAGAGCUACGGCGACUUGUAUCGCUUGGAGGUCGAUCAAGUGGCCGCGCUGGAACGCAUGGGCCGGAAAAGUUCCGAGAAUCUGAUCGAGGGUAUCGAGAACAGUAAGUCCCGCGGUUUGGCCCGACUGUUGAAUGCCCUUUCGAUCCGGCACGUGGGGGCUCGCGUGGCCACAGUGCUGGCCGAUGAGUUCCACGACAUGGACUCACUGAUGAAGGCCGAUGUUGAAACCCUGGCCGAAGUGAACGAAAUCGGUUCGAUCAUUGCUCAGAGUGUCUACGACUUCCUCCACAGCGAAGCGAACGAGAAGGUGAUCGCCGACCUGCGGGAGUUAGGCUUGAAGAUGGAUGAGCCCCGAAGUGAGAAGCCACGCUCCAGCACACUCGAUGGCAAGACGCUCGUCGUCACCGGAACGCUCGAGAAGUACACCCGCGACGAGAUCAAGGCCCUUAUCGAGCAACACGGCGGUCGGGCGGCAUCAAGCGUUUCCAAGUCGACGGACUACGUUGUCGCCGGGGAGAAAGCCGGCAGCAAACUCACGAAGGCCCAACAACUGGGUAUCACCGUGUUGGGCGAAGAUGAAUUCCAGGCUCUGAUCGGGGGCUAA